AAAUACCCGUAGUGGAGCCAGAGAGGCAGCACCAAACCUGACCAUCUGCAGCCAGCUCAGACCAGCACACCCACUCCUCAACCUCAUCAGCACCGUGGAACAAGAUGCUGCGCAGCACCGCUCUGCCGCUCCUCCUCCUCCUCUCCCUCUGCCUCGCCUCCGGCUUCCAGACAUCUCCGGAGGAGGCGGCUCCCCGCCGGGCGCGCUUCUCUGCAAACAGCCCCACUGAUGUGGCCAGAUGUCUGAACGACGCGAUGACCGUCGGUUGCGGAUUCUUUUCCUGCCUCGAAAACUCCACCUGCGACACUGACGGGAUGCACGAGAUCUGUGAGCUGUUCCUUCACGCUGCUGCCACCUUCAACACAGAAGGUAAAACCUUUGUGAAGAAGAGUCUGCAGUGCAUUUCCCAGGGGAUCUCUACCAAAGUCUUCCACACCAUCCGCCACUGCAACGUCUUCCAGAGGAUGAUCGCUGAGGUUCAAGAGGAGUGUUACACCAGUCUAGACAUCUGCACCGUGGCGCGGUCAAACCCUGCUUCCAUCGGAGAGGUUGUGCAGGUGCCGACUCACUUCCCCAACAGAUACUACAGUACGCUGCUGCAGACCCUGCAGGGCUGUGAUGAGCAGACGGUGACAGCGGUGAGGACCGGGGUCAUGGCCCGCCUGGGGCCCGACAUGGAGAGCUUCCUGCAGCUCGUCCAGAACAAACCCUGCACCCCCAGCUCUGACUCCGCCGCCUACAGCAACCCGGCCAGCUGGAGGAACAUGCCCGUGUUUAACAUCCAGCCCGGCUUCAGGGGCCGCGACCCCACCCACCUGUUUGCAAAGAGAUCUGUGGAGAACCAGGAGAAAGCAGAGGGGGUUCAAGCUGAUGAAUAGAUGACAAAUUAAAAAGAAAAAAUCCUGACAACUGCAGCAGCAAACAGCUUUACGUGGAAAUUUGGGAGAAAUUUUACGAUCCUCCCAUGUCAUCCACAAGAUAACUGAUGUGUUAUUCUUAUUACUCUCAUCGUAAUUGAUAUUUAUUGUCCUAAAUUAAUUUAUUAGUCAUGGUCGUAUAUUUAGCCAGAAGAUAGAAAGGAGGGUGAUGAGUUCCGAAUAUGCUUUCAUGCUGGUCAUGGAGCUCUUUGUGGGCUCAUUUUACUGGUCUAUAAAUCCCUUUAUAAGCUGUUUGUUGUAUUUAGAAAUGUUUGAAUGUCCGUCAGAAUGUGGGAUUCAACUUGGCUGGUUGUAAAGUUAGAAAUAAAUGCGUUGAUGUGACUAAUAACUCCGACUGGAUUUUUUUUUUUUUUCAAUAAAGAUUUUUCUCAACAGAGA